AGCAUUUCCUAAGAGGUGGGAGGUUGUGCCGAUGUGGAUAAAUAGGCAUCAGUGUGCAGUGGGAGAGCAGCACCCCAGGAGAACAGCAACCCCAAAUAUCAGGACUCACCUAACACUGAUGGUGGGAGUUGGCUUCAGCUCUCCAGACAGGAGAGCAGCGAAGAUGGUUCUCUUUGUAGCUCUGGGGCUGUUGAUGGCUGGGUUCUGCCCUGCUGUUAUCUGUGAACCAGAUGGCACAUUGGGAAGAAACACUGAAGUUCAAGAAGACCAAAACAAUGGGACACGAGUGGACAGUCUGGCACUGGCCUCCAUCAACACUGACUUUGCCUUCACCCUCUACAAGGAGUUGGCUUUGAAGAAUCCAAAUAAAAAUGUUAUCUUCUCCCCGCUCAGCAUUUCAGCUGCCUUGGCCAUCUUGUCCCUGGGAGCCAGCAACAAUACCCUGGAAGAGAUUCUAGAAGGUCUCAAGUUCAAUCUGACAGAGACGCCUGAGGCAGACAUCCACAGGGGCUUUGGGCACCUCCUCCACAUGCUCAGCCAGCCAGGGGACCAGGUGCAGAUCAGCAUAGGCAACAUGAUGUUUGUUGAAAAGCACCUGCAGAUCCUGGCAGAGUUCAAAGAGAAGGCAAGGGCACUGUACCAGGCUGAGAUCUCUGGGACUGACUUCCAACAGCCUCAUGAAGCCAAAAAACUCAUCAAUGACUAUGUGAAGAAACAGACCCAGGGGAAGAUCAAGGAACUGGUCUCAGACCUGGAUGGGAAAACAUUAAUGAUGUUGGUGAAUUACAUCUACUUUAAAGGGAAAUGGAAGAGGCCCUUUGACGCUCGUUUCACUUUUGAGUCUCACUUCUACUUGGACCAAAAGAGGACUGUGAAGGUGCCCAUGAUGAAAAUUAAGGAUCUGACCACACCCUACUUCCGGGAUGAGGAUCUGUCCUGCUCUGUGGUGGAGCUGAAGUACAGAGGCAAUGCCAGUGCCCUGUUUAUCCUCCCUGAUGAGGGCAAGAUGCAGCAGGUGGAAGCCAGCUUGCAACCAGAGACCCUGAAGAAGUGGAAGGACUCUCUGAGGUCCAGGAAGAUCAACCAGCUCUACAUGCCCAAGUUCUCCAUCACCACUGACUACAGCCUGGAGAAAAUCCUUCCACAGCUGGGCAUCAGGGAAGUCUUCUCCACACAGGCUGACCUGUCUCGGAUCACAGGGGCCAAGGACCUGAGAGUCUCUCAGGUGGUCCACAAGGCCGUGCUGGACGUGGCUGAGACAGGCACAGAAGCAGCUGCUGCCACAAAAGUCAUGGCUAUGGGAUCGGCUCUAAUUUUGAACCCUCUGAGAGUGAAUUUCAACAGGGCAUUCCUGAUGAUUAUCUUUGACACAAAUACUCAGAUUCCACUCUUUAUGGCCAAAGUCACAAAUCCCAGGGGAAACUAGCACUACCAAGAAGCUUCAGGUGAGGCUUCUUCCUGAGGGCCAGAGAUUAAGCCUGUAUGUGGGUCUCAAUGUGCAUUUUCAUUUCCAUGCUCUGAUUGGCUGUCGCAUGUCUUGAUUGUCAUGUGACUUAUUGUAUGACUCAAACAUGCACAGGACACUUGGACAGUCAGUGUCAGGCUCCCAGUCCUCCUGGCAGCACUAGUUCAUGUUCCUGAGCCUGAAAUCUGUCUUUGUGGCCCCUCCCUGCUCCCUCUCCUUAUCUGCAUCUACCCAAAAGCCUGGGCCCUGGCAGUAGACUCGGUCCCUAUCUAGGCUCAGGUUAUGUCUGCCUUCAGCUUCUGCAGGCUUGAUAAAACUAUGCAAGCUUAUAGUUCAAACAUGUGAACCUCAGCCCCAGCACUGAUAAGGCAACCUGCUGCCCUGAGUCUAUUUCCAGAAACUGGGGCCACAGUGUGCCCAGUUCCUGCCUCAUACUUUUCCUCUUCUAGGCUCUGCCACCCAUUGGCCCUUACAUGGGCUCCUGACCCUUCCCACAUCUGGCACAGUAUUGGAUCCCUUAUUCCUGAAGCUCAUGGAAUAGAUUGGUCAGUCCAGCUUCUUUCCCCCCAGUACACAAACCUAGGGCAGUGGAGUCCUUUUCUAGGGUCCCCACUAUCCAACAUCACACAACAGAUGGACACGUCCACCUUCCUUACGCAAAAUGCAUGGCUUUGAACAAAGGAUCAAUAAAUAUAUAACUGCACAGGAA